GUUUGUUAAACUAGGCAAUUAGAAGGGUUCUUAGUAAUGUGUAUGUAUGUAUGUACGUAUGUAUGUAUGUAUGUAUGUGUGUAUGUAUGUAUGUAUGCAUAUUCUUUCUCCCUUCCUCCCUUUCUCUCUUUCCAGAUUGACUAGUUUAAUUUAUCUGCAUAAUUAUACAUAGUGUUUUUGCACAAGGGACUUGAAGCAUAUCAGGUAUCAAACUAGAAACCAUAAGAGAAAUAUUUUGAAAAUCAAUUAUGAAACAAAAAUCAGAGUCAAGGGAAAUAAGGUAGAAGCAGAGAAUCUGAGGAGAAAAGAGCAUAGAUAUAGUAUGCGUCACACACUUGACAUGGAGCUUCCUGGCAGGCAAGGCAAAAGAAUAAUUGCCAAGUUGUCCAACCAAAGAAACAUCUCUGGACGCAGCUUUUCUAGACCCUUAGUUGAACACACAGGGUGGCUGUUCAUAGGCCUGAUCAGUUUCCUGCCAGCUCACCUGUGGAGCUCCUCAGUACAGCCUCUUCUUUGUAACCUCUGCUCUGUUUCAGGCAUGAUGAAUCAUUCCUUCCAGGACUCUGGCUCCCGUGGUAUCCACGAAGAAGGAAAGCUCUAUAUUGUGGAUUCCAUAAAUGAUUUAAACAAACUCAACCUCUGUCCUGUCGAAUCGCAGCAUCUAUUUUGUCUAGAGGGGAAAAUCCCAGACCUUGGCACGAACCCAGGAAACGGAAGCCGGAGUCUGUUUUUUGUGGGGCUGCUCGUUGUGCUGACUGUCAGCCUGGCACUGGUUUUCUUCUCGAUCUUCCUUAUAAUUCAAACUGGAAACAAGAUGGAUGAAGUGUCAAGAAGAUUGACAGCUGAGGGAAAGGACAUAGAUGAUCUUAAGAAAAUCAACAACAUGAUUGUGAAGCGGCUAAACCAACUGGACUCUAAACAGAACUGAAGACAAGAUUUUUCCACUGCUGGAGCAGACAUCUGGAGCUUCCCAUGGUUCUGAAAGUUCAUGGGGUUGAGAACUGAGAAACUGCCCUCAGACAAUAGAUCUGAUAGGUUAAAUCAGUGGGAUGGGGUAGCUCUAAGCAACUGCUUGAAGCUGUUGUACUUUGGGCAAAUGGUUGUUAACAGAGGAGUUUGGAGAUGACAGCCGGAAAGGGAUGAACUUGACUCAGCCACGUUUACAAGUAACCAGAUGUGUCAGCUUUGGUAGGAUUAGGGUAGAUGGGUGGAUAGAGGAGAAUCAACAGAAAGGAGAAUUUGGCUGUUCAUAUGCAACUGUUCUUAGGAAACAAGCUUGGUCUUGAAGGAAGAAUUUCAGCAUGCCAGUGAGGGCUUUGAAGCCUCAGGCACCUGUACAGAGCCCUGUGUAAGCCUCAGGAAUUCACUGAACUGUGUGGGUUGAGGGGAACCAGAGCCACCCUUUUCACUAGUGCUCAUUCUUCUGCUCAGGUGAUAACUUUGCCUCCAUUUCCCCACCAUCAGUGAAGCUCCAGAGAGCUGCUGUUUGGUGGUCGUUGAAGAAACAUGGGUAGCAGUCAGGUGUGAAUGGUGAGGCUGAGGGCCAACAGAGAAAGUCUAAUAAAUUCUACAGUCUGCUGAGCUCCUGCUUUGCAGUAAUCACCUGAUGCUAGAGAAUCACGUGUGGAACAAGGUGAUGCCUAGUUAUAUCUAAUUACAUAAGGCUUGCUAACUUGGUUUUGAAAAAAAAAAA